AUGAUCUUUCACUCAGAGGCAGAGUCAUUCGGCGCAGAGCCGCUAGGGGAUGCAGCCCCUGCAGAUGUAGACCCUAAAGAUGUUAGAGAGGCAGAGGCAUUCGGCGCAGAGCCGCUAGGGGAUGCAGCCCCUGCAGUUGCAGACCCUGAAGAUGCUAGAGGCAGGUCGUCAUCUUCAUCGUCUAAGCAGAGAGGUCCUAACCGAGGUUCAGAAUUACAUGAGAGGACUUCAGUGAAAAGGGUCAUUGGGAUUAAUGAAUUUGGGCAACCGAAUAUAGGGGAUGCAAAUCAGAUCGCAUUCAAUUCAAGCAUUGGUGUUCUCACCCGUGCACACAUUCCGAUCACCUACACAGACUUUCGGUUGGUGCCUCCACAAUACAUUCAGAGGGUCAGUGAUAUCCUGGCAUGUAGUUAUGAAUUUCAGGAUAACCAAGAAGCGUGGUCACCAUACAUUCGUGAUCGCUGUAAGGCUGCUUGGAGAAAUUUCAAGAACACUUUACAUGCAAAGUAUAUUAAGGACAAGGAUCCUGCAGUUGUGAAAUCUUAUCCUGCCCCUAUUGGUGUCCCUAUUGAGGAUUGGAUGAUCUUCGUGGAUUAUUACAAUACUGAUAAAUUCAAGGAAUCAAGUGUAAGAAAUGCAUCCAAUCGGGCCAAACAAGUUGGCCCUUCUACACUUGGUCGGCGUAGCAUGGCUGCCACACGUCAUGAGAUGGCAAUUGAGAGGAAUCUUACUACUGAUGCCGAGGUUGGUAGGGCUGAGGUGUACAUCCGAGCCCAUACAACAAAGGAUAACAAAGUGCAGUUUCUAGAAACCUUUUCAAUUGGGAGUGAUAGUAGAGGGCGCAUGCGGGGGAUAGGUGGAAAUGUAGGCAAGAUUACAUUGAAGAAGACAAUGCCUAUUGUACAUAAGCUCGGUGUGGUGUCGCGGGAACAAGAUAAUUUGGUAGAUAAAUUAGAUGAAAUGUAGAAAAGCCUAGGAGAUCUCCACCAGAAGUUUCAAUGCUUUGUAGAUAAGCAAGGGGAACAAGGGGAUGUGGCUCCACCGACAAUUCCUCCAUUUAAAUCUAGUCAUGCAUCGUCGCCUGAUUUGGUAAAUCUUGGCAAGAGAUGCGAUCUCUGUGAUUGGAAGAAACGGGUAAU